AUAUUGGGGAUAUCGGAGCCAGUGUGAAUCCUGCAUAAGAAAAAGAGGAGCAGCUAGUCUACAAGCUUGUAUAAAAUUUUGUGGUUAUAACCUAAACGACGAGGGAAAGAUCUGCAUAAACCUUGUACUAUUCACAUUUAACAGUAUAUGAUAUCAAUAUUUUGUGCCUACGAUGCAAGAUGAAGUAAAUAGAUUGAUAAUUUGAUAAUGUAACGUGAGAUUAUUCGUAAUUGAGGGUACUCCAAGUCAAUUACGAAAGCAGUAGCUCUUGCUUAAAGCAAUUAUUGUUUCCUGCCGUUGAGUGUCGCGAUCCAAAAAAAAAUGUCUGGAAAAGGGAAGCAAAGUUCGAAGAAAGCUGUCGUCAAGAUACGCGAAUCUGGGAAAACCGCGCAACCUUCAACAGCGAAUUCAGACGCGAACUCGGAGGUACCGGAGCCAACGACCUCUCAAUUUCUUCUGAAGACAGUUGACAAUGGUCAGAACCUGCCAAGAUACACUAGUAUCUUGAAGCGCACGGCGGAGGAAGGCGUCGGUAUGGACGACCUCGAUACGCUACAGCUGGAACUUGAGACGCUGCUGUCGGCAGUUGUCGUACGUCAUCGCACGCUUCAAGACGAGAUCGCCAGUUUAUUUUCGGCCGAGGAGCGCAGAGACAGAAGGUCAAAGAGCGGCAAAAGUUUGUCUCUGCUCGACAAGAAGAUACGAGAGGAGAAAUUCAAGCCGAAGGAGGCCAGCGCCAAAAGUCAGUCGCCGUUACAUACAAAGCUCUUUAAGCAGAAAACGGUAGGAAGUUCGACCAGCCAGGCAGUGCCGAACUUGCAUGAGAUUUCAAGGAUCGAGGGAUCCAAGUCUGAUGUGCCAAAGCUGCUUUUACCGAAAAAUGAUACGCCCAACAAGUUUUGGGCAUCAGUGGAUCCCUAUUGCACCGACAUCAUGCCCGAUGAUAUUAAAUUGUUGGAGGAGCUGAUCGCUACGCACAGUGACAUAAGCGAAUUCAAGAAGAUACCUUCUUUAGGCCGUCACUACAGCUUGAUGUGGGCACAUAAUGAUUUAUUGCAGGAGGAAGACGCAGCCAAUCCGAACAGAGAGAAGAAGAAGAAUCGUACAGAUAUGUCGCACUUGAUAACCAAAGGUGAUAAGAAAGCUAAUAGUAUCGCGGGACCCCUCACUCAGAGACUGGUUUCUGCACUUCUGGAGGAGAAUGUAUAUAUCGCGAAUAAUAUGGAGAACAAAUUAUUCCGAGACGGAGAUCCGCCCGUCUUAAGGGACCUAACUAUCCAGAAUUCCAUGAACUUGGAGCUACGAAUGCACAAAGAACUGGUUGAGCAAGGUAUCCUGGAACCCGAUGCUCAGAAAAAGAAUCAAGAGGACGACGAAAUUCUUGCGGAAAUUAAGAGAUGCCAGCAAGAACUUGCUGCAUUGUCCAAUCAUAAUGUUACGCAGCUGAAGAGACUGUUCAAUCUGGCCCAGGAGGAGAGCAAGCGGCAGGCGUUGAAACGGAAAAUCAGCGUCGCGGAUAACGAAGUGAUAGAACAUUAUAAGAAAUUGACCGUGGCAAAACAGAGAAAAUUGCCAAGGAAAGAUCUCGAGAAAGCAUGGGCAUGCCUUCGAGAAAGGGAGAGUCUGUUAGAACAAUUAAAUGUUACCAAAUAAUUUAAUAAUAGGACUUCAAUUAUGUAAUGAUUAUAAAAAUAUUUGUUGCAAUUUUUAAAUCU